AUGACAAGUGUCUCACUGAUAGACCCUACCCAGUAGCUGUAAUUGACAGAGUAGAAAAGCCAGAGAACUUAUCUGAGAUAAGCAUUCAGGCUUAAAUCCAGUUGCAGUUUCCAAAUCCUAUCCGCUGCACUCUUCAGUUCAUCUCCAAAGCAGCCAUGGCAAUGUGCUCCACAUUUUGCCCCCGUGUAUCAACUCACCUAAAUUCCAAACCCUUUUCCUUUUUCCCAGUUAAACAUCGCUUCUUUGUUUCAAUCAAGGCUCAAGCUUCUGCUUCUACUCCCAAAGAUGAUAUUCCAGCAAGCAUUGGCUUUCUAGGUCUUGGAAUUAUGGGCUCCCCAAUGGCACAAAAUCUCAUAAAAGCAGGACGUGACGUGACAGUCUGGAAUAGGACCAAGAGCAAAUGUGAACCCCUUAUCUCCUUGGGUGCAAAAUACAAGUCCUCCCCUGAGGAGGUUGCUGCAUCUUGUGAUGUCACAUUUUCCAUGCUUGCAGACCCGGAGAGUGCACUGGAUGUUGCUUGUGGAAAAUAUGGAGCUGCAAAAGGAAUGGGUCCAGGAAAAGGUUACGUAGAUGUCUCAACAGUUGAUGGUGAAACUUCUAAACUGAUCUGUGAACAAAUUAGAGCUACUGGAGCUCAUUUUUUGGAGGCUCCAGUAUCAGGGUCCAAGAAGCCAGCAGAAGAUGGACAGCUAAUAUUUCUCACUGCAGGUGAUGCUGUGCUGUAUGAAAAAGUUGCUACACUAUUGGAUAUCAUGGGGAAGUCAAGAUUUUACCUUGGUGAAGUUGGUAAUGGAGCUGCAAUGAAACUUGUUGUCAAUAUGGUUAUGGGAAGUAUGAUGGCCUCAUUUUCUGAAGGAUUAGUUCUUAGCGAGAAAGUUGGACUUGAUCCAAGUGUAUUAGUGGAGGUGAUCUCGCAGGGUGCUAUUAGUGCCCCAAUGUAUGCCCUUAAAGGUCCUUCAAUGGUUAAAUCUUCGUAUCCGACAGCGUUUCCUCUGAAGCAUCAGCAAAAGGACCUUCGUCUAGCUCUGGGUUUGGCUGAAUCUGUUUCACAACCCAUUCCAAUUGCUGCAGCAACUAAUGAACUUUACAAGGUAGCAAAAUCUCAUGGACUGAGUGACCAGGACUUCUCUGCAGUAAUUGAAGCGUUGAAAGUGAAAUUGCAACAGUAAACAUAAAAGUAGUCUUUCCUGGUGACAAGAGGCAUUUUGUAUUGUAGAGCUCGCGUACAAUAUAUCCACCAUGAUGCGGCGAAUCUUUAGGUUCACAACUAUUGUUUUCAUUGUUAACCCAUUUCAAAGGGUUUUACAUGUAUACCUCCUUUCACCCUUUUAAAAAUCUUUCUGGGUAUUGUUCAAACAACUGGAAUGUCUUUAUUUGAAUUGGCACCUUUUGCACGUA